AUGAAUAUCGCCGAUGAAGCAACGAAGUGGGCCGUGGACCAACUUUCGAUGUCCAAAGUUGCUGGUUCCAAGGACCUGACUUCCUGUAUCUACCAGAAGCACAAUGGCCUUCUAGUAACUCCAGAGGAUCCUGUGGAGGAACUACGCGCCGUACAUGUGCAUCAGGAAGUACAAGAUCAUACACUAAUCGAUUUUUCUCAAUAUUCUCGUUUGGAAGAUAUUCUGAAAAAGCUUGCAUAUUUGCAUCACUUUUGGAACAGCUGUCGGUCGAGUGAAAAGGUUCCAACAAAAUCACGGACGGUGUUAUUGUUUCAGAAAGAUUACAUGGACGCAGAAAAAAGUUUAUGGCGGAUGGUUCAAACUGAAUCGUAUGAACAAGAACUCGCGAUUCUCCGAGCGAAUGAAGGACUAUCGAUUUUCCAGCGGAAGCGUUUAAAGAACUCUAGCCAGCUGAAAGGGUUGUCUCCGUUUCUCGACGAAGACGGUAUUAUACGUUUGGAAAACCGAAUAGAUCCGAAGGCCACGUAUUACUGCUUUAAUUUCCGCAACCCAGUAAUUCUACCAAGGAAGUGUCCUGUGACGGAAUUACUUAUCUUUCGAUUACAUCAACGCUUUGGCCAUGCCAAUAAGAGCACGGUCAUAAAUGAGAUGAAGCAGAAGUACUAUGUUCCUAAGCUACGAUCACUAGUCGACAAAGUAGUCAAAAACUGUGCGUGGUGCCUUGUAUAUAGAGCUAAGCCAAGCGAACCAAGAAUGGCCCCGCUCCCACAGGUUAGGGUUCAGCCUUACGUACGCCCUUUCACAUUUACUGGGUUGGAUUACUUUGGACCGAUGCUUGUCAAAAGAGGAAGGCAAUUCGCCGGUUUGUCGCUAGAAGAGGGUAACCCCAACAAAUCUAGUGACAACGGUACAAAUUUUCGAGGCGCUGCAAAAGAGUUAGCCGAGGAGACCAAAAAUAUCAACCGUUCAAUUGCUGCCGCAUUCACUAGUCUUGACACAGAAUGGCAUUUCAACCCACCGUCCACCCCGCACAUGGGUGGCGUCUGGGAGAGGAAAGUUCGGUCUGUAAAAGAGGUCUUCAAAGCAUUAUCGCACCGUGACAAACUAGACGAUGAAUCAUUUGUGACCCUUUUGGCCGAGGCAGAGAUGAUUGUCAACUCCCACCCGUUGACAUUCGUACCGUUAGAAACACCAGAGCAAAAGGUUCUAACACCAAAUGAUUUCCUUCUCAUGAGCUCCAGUAGGGCAACCAAUCAGGAUAGGAUUCCAGUUCAGGAGGAAAUAUCUCUACGGACCAGCUGGAAAUUAAUUCAGCAUUUACUCAACCAAUUCUGGAAACGCUGGAUUCAAGUUUAUCUUCCCACAAUUGCCAGAAGAACCAAAUGGUUUUCUGAAGUUCGGCCGUUGCAAGUGGACGACCUCGUGGUCGUGGUCGACGAAUCCGUGCGAAAUGGGUGGCUUCGUGGCCGCGUGAUCAAAACGUAUCCGAGUCUGGACGGACAGGUGCGUAAAGUUGACGUCCAAACCAACAAUGGUGUAUUGCAAGGACCAGCGAUCAAGGUGGCUCUUCUGGACGUAUUAGAUGUUAGUAAGAUCAAUUAA